AUGAACCGCCCAGCCGACGGGAAUACCAACAAGCCUGGUGGUGGUGGAGGUGUGUAUGGAGGAGCACCACCCACUGGCUACACUGGAGGACCUCCAAGCUCGCUGCAGCCUGGAGGAGCACCCGGUGGAUAUCAAAAUCCUCAGCAGCAACAGGGUCAGCAGUAUCAGGCUUACUCAGGCUCGCCUGCUCCCGCUGGUGGUCCGCUCCGUCCUGGAUCAACCCAACCUCCUCAGUCUCCUUAUCCAACCUCACCGUCGGGACAAUAUCAGGCAUAUGGAGCUCCAUCACUUCCUCCCAACAAGCCGGCUCACACGCCUUCACCUGGCCCUCAGUCGCCCUAUCCUGGAGCACAACCUCCUUAUCAGACAAGCCAAUCGCCCUACCCCGGUUCCCAGCCCGCGUAUUCUGCACCGGCCAAUCCAUCGCCGUCCCCGGCUCCUCAGGCUUACGGCCAGGCUUAUUCACAAGCACCCUAUGGUGUACCCGCGCCUCCUGCCCAAGGCUACGCGCAACCGUCACCUUAUAGCACGCGGGACCAGCCGUAUGGACAGUAUACUCAGCCACAGCAAGGCUAUGGCCGGCCCCCGCCUCCCCCACCCCAGGGUCAGCCCUACGGAUCAGCCGCCCCCCAGUACUCUCAACCUCCUACAGCUCAAGGUCAACCUUACCCUCCUCAAAAUGCGCCUUAUUCUGGCGGACCCGUUCGUCCUCCCCAGCAGGGUGGGCCUCCCGGAGCUGCGUACGGUCCCUCGGGGGGUGCCCCUACUCCGGCUCGUGCCACGCAUCAGCAGAUCGCCGCCUACCGACAGCUGUUGAUUGGCACUAUUCAAGAGAAACGCCUUCAAAGCUUCUACCCCCUUGAAAGACUUGAUAAGCUCGUUCAGGCUCUGUCCAACGAUGCACCCUUCAAGGUGAACAAGCUGAUUCAUGAGCUUAACAUCCCAACCGAAGUGGCUAUGGAUAUCAUGAAGUUGGCUCUCUUUGAUGUUAUCUUGUACGUGGAUGACAGUGGCUCCAUGGAGUUUGAAGAACGAGGUGUGAGAAAGGAACAACUGCGUUCGACCAUCGAGGUCGUUGCUUCGGCCGCUUCCACUUUUGAUGAUGAUGGUAUCUCGGUGCGGUUCAUGAACUCACCUGAGCAAGGCGAUGGCAUUCGCAACGCAGACGAUGUUAGCCGCCUCGUUUCGCGAGUCCGCUUCCAGGGUCUUACACCAUUGGGUACAAGUCUACGCAACAAAGUCCUGGACCCUAUGGUGGUGACUCCGGCCAGAGCUGGUCGACUCCAGAAACCUGUUCUGAUCAUCACCAUUACCGAUGGACAGCCGGCCGGUGAGCCUCUGGACAGUGUGUCGAACGCCAUUGGCUAUGCUGUCAACGAAGUUUCUCGCACUCAGUAUGGACAGGGGGCCGUUUCCUUCCAGUUUUCCCAAGUCGGAAACGACACCAAGGCCCGGGAUUUCCUCGCUUCUCUGGACGAAGAUCCUCGAAUCGGCUCCUUGAUUGAUUGCACCUCAAACUUCGAGGUUGAGCAAGAUGAAAUGUCACGGGCUAAUCCCCCAGUGCAUCUGACUCGCGAACUCUGGUGUGCCAAACUGAUGCUCGGUGCAAUUGACUCUUCAUACGAUACCAAAGAUGAAAAGGCCGCUGGGCGUAGUGGUGCUCCGCCACCCGGACCUCCAGGUGGCCAGUACGGUGGUUAUAACUACAACCAGCCUCCCGCCCAGAAUUACAACCAGCCGCCUCCCGGACAGUACGGCUCGGGACCUGGAUACAAUCAGGCACCAUACCCGCCCAGCCAAGGUCAGGGUCAAGGUCCCCCUCAGGGCUACGGUCAAGGCUAUGGUGGCGGCUACAGCGCUUCCUCUCCGCAUCCCAACCAACCUGGGUAUGGACAGUCGCCUGGUGGGGCUACACGAGGCUACCCUGGCUACGGAGCGCCUCCCCGCUACUAG